UACAUUCCGGCCCUUCUCCUCGCUGUUUUUGUAUCUGCUGGAGAUCGGAUUCAAGCGCCAACUAAGUUACGUUUCCUAUAUUCCGCUGAGGAAGUUUGAGAGCCGAUAUUUUGAGAGGCGGACUUGUUUGGACGCGGACAUGAACGCUGCCCCGAAUGUGAAGUGAAACGAGAACAUGACGUCUUUUUAAGGUGGAAUUCUGGUAUAUGUGCAUGAGAGUUGCUGCUGUUACUACUGUGUAGCUAACGCAAAACAGUGAAGCCUCAUGUUUUCGUCAAGCCAAGAAGAGCACUGCGCCCCGUCCAAAGACCCGGUGAAAUACGGAGAACUGGUGGUACUGGGGUACAAUGGCUGCCUGCCCAACGGAGAUCGGGGUAGACGGAAAAGCAGAUUUGCGCUAUUGAAGAGGACCAAAGCCAACGGCGUUAAGCCCAGCUCUGUGCACAUCCUCAACACACCCCAGGAUAGCAAGGCCGUGAACAGCAAAGGUCAACACAGCAUCUCCUACACACUGUCCAGGAACCACACGGUGGUGGUGGAGUACAGCCAUGACAAAGACACAGACAUGUUCCAGAUUGGACGUUCCACUGAGAGUCCCAUAGAUUUUGUGGUCACUGACACAAUAGCAGGAAGCCAGGAGGGAGAAGAAACCCCCAUCACUCAAAGCACCAUCUCCCGCUUCGCCUGUCGGGUUUUCUGUGAGCGUAACCCCCCCUACACUGCUCGCAUCUACGCAGCCGGCUUCGACUCUUCCAAGAACAUUUUCCUCGGCGAAAAAGCUGCAAAAUGGAAAAACCCUGAUGGCCACAUGGACGGUCUAACAACCAAUGGGGUGCUAGUAAUGCAUCCUAAAGGGGGGUUCGUGGAAGAGUCCAAACCUGGAGUUUGGAGGGAGAUCUCUGUUUGUGGAGAUGUGUACACGUUGAGAGAAACCCGCUCCGCACAGACUCCUGGAAAACUGGUGGAGAAUGAGAGCAACAUUCUGCAGGACGGCUCCCUGGUGGAUCUUUGCGGAGCCACGUUGCUGUGGCGCACGGCAGAGGGCCUCUUCCACACUCCCACCCAAAAACACCUGGAGGCUCUCAGGCAGGAGAUCAACGCGGCCCGGCCCCAGUGCCCCGUAGGUCUCAACACCCUCGCCUUCCCCAGCAUGCAGCGCAGCCGUGCCCUGUCAUCCCACGAGGACAAGCAGCCUUGGGUUUACUUGGCCUGCGGCCACGUGCACGGCUAUCACAACUGGGGCCACCGUUCGGAGCAGGGGCCCGGCCCUCAGCGGGAGUGUCCCAUGUGCAGAAUGGUGGGACCAUACGUGCCGCUGUGGCUGGGAUGUGAGCCCGCCUUCUACGUGGAUACCGGUGCACCCACACACGCCUUUGUGCCUUGCGGACACGUGUGCUCGGAGAAGUCGGUAAAGUACUGGUCGGAGAUCCCUCUGCCUCACGGCACGCAUGCCUUCCACGCCGCCUGCCCUUUCUGUGCCACCCAGCUCAGCCUCAACCAGGGCUGCUCCAAGCUCAUCUUUCAGGGCCCCGUGGACUGAGCCAGUGCUGCCGGACGGAGAAGAGGAAUCAGGAAAACCAACAUGCUGUGAAACUCCUCAGACUUCUUAAUGCUGUCUUUUGUGCGUAAAAGCCAGACGUGUGCGUGUUCUGACCUGUGACAGAAAACCAUUUCAGACUGUCAGAAGCUUUUUUUAUGAGAAGUGGGGCUCUUUUUGCUGUGAUACACAGAGACGUGGAGCACACUUUUUACCACAAAUGCCUGACUCUAAGAAUGAAAUGAUGCUUCAGCCCUCCCGCCAACCAUCUGCUUCGAACAACGCCACGGCGGUGGGCCGGUUAAACUACAUCCUGCUCGCUUUCCGUUAGCCUGCUGUAGCAAUUGGCCCGGAGAUGGGUGAUCGCUCACGAACCAGACUGAACGAUUUAGCACAGUUGCAGGUGUAGACGGGCCUGUUGGGGAGGAAAAGACGAGAAAAUCUACGAUUCGGUUUCUCGUGGGCCUAAGACGGAGUUUUCACAGAGCCAGACAGCUGGACUGCUGGCUGAGAAAAAAGCCAGGAGAAACUCUGGGUAUGAUGGCUUAAGCUUUUCUUAUUUUUUAACACUCCCCAUCAGGCCCUUUUAGCUGUCAACUCCUAAUCGCAUCCAAAUUCCAGCUCUCUGGAGAUUGCUUUUAUUUACUGAACAAACUUUGAGUGAGGGAGCACAGAUUUUGUUUGUACAGAGAUUUAAUCCAGUGCCUCAAAUCCCAUUGAAGUAUAAGAUUAUUUUUCCUAGAUGAGAAAAGAUAUUUUGCCAACAGUAAUGAAAGAGAUCGUUUUGCAUACAAAGACACAGAUUUACCAGCCCUGAUAGAUUCUGACAUAAAUUGUAUUUUACUAAAUUGAGGCCCAUUGUGCUGUUUUAUAAAACAAAUGUUAAUAUAUUUUUUUCCUUUCAUAUAUAUAUAUAUAUAUAUAUAUAGGGUGUGUGAGUGAGAUUGUGUGUUUGUGUUGGCUGGGUUGUGUGAGUUACCCUGAAGUUGCCCCCCCUCCCUCCUCCACCAUCUGACUUUAUCUCUUUUUCUACGAUCGCACCCACCACCCAGAAAGCUAAUGGAUGGAUUAGAAAAGUGUGCAGGGCGUCACAGUGAAUGUAAUGAGAAUACACUGACUUCCUCAUAGACGGAGCUCUGAUCACUUCCAUAUAGGUAAAGGCUGCUCACAGUUAAAUAUCGCAGUGGGGCGGAUUGCCCCCCCCUGCUUCUUAAACCUGUACUGUAUGCAUUCUGUACGGUUAGCUUUACCCCACGCUGGGCCUAAUCUGCGGGCUCGUUCGCCGUCAGACUCGCUCUCAGAGAUUUCACCAAAUAUGAGAAGGAAACUACCCCCUCCACACAUCUCCCAAGCGUUCCUGUAAGCAGUCCAAACCCAAACGGCUGCUGUGAUGGAAUGUUGACAGCUUUGGAUUACAUUAGACACUCUUCUGUCUGCAGCUCAGUGGGAACAAUGAUAUUAUCCCGCUCCAUGCCAAAUUUAGAAAGUCCUAUUGUGUGUAGAUGAGUCAAGUUGUCCAGAGCAGAGUGGCUGGGAAAAUGAAUCUGGGACGACUCUGAAAAUGGUUAAGCAGACUGCGCCCGUGUGUGUCUUAUCUUCCUUUAACUAGUCUAUCUGAAGCAAUAGAGCAUUAACAUAAAUUGAGGCUAGUGUUUCCGUUGCAGUCAGAAUAGAAAUAGAAUCCAUUCAGGUGUUGCUGAACUCGACUAAGGGCUCCUGGACUUUGAUUCGAUUUUGUUUCAGAACUUCCUCUGAAACAUUCUCCACAUUCUUCCAAAUGUCAGCAGCAGAGUUCUCUCAACCCACUAAAGAAUCGCUCGAUUUCUGCAGAUUUGAAUCUAUGCACGGCCCUGUUCUAAGCCUCAAACUGUACAGUAACAUUCCUUUUUUAGUAACUUGAACUGCCCGUUGCCUAAGAUUGUGUUGUGUAUCAGCUGCGGAGUAGCUGCCUCAAACAUUCCUCCUCGGUAAACAUGGGUGGGGCUCACAGUUCACCCAAGGGCUUGUUCUGUGAAUUUCUUUUUGUUUUUUUUAACAGGAACUCUGCGCAAGCCAUAGAACACACUGAUUCCCCUCAUUGCCUCCUCUGCAGAGAAUAAAAUAUUUUUUAAACAUG